AUGUAUGGCAGUGAAAUAUGGCCCGUAACCCAAAAGAACGUGCAUACCAUCCAAGUUGCCGAAAUGAAGAUGCUGAGGUGGAUGUGCGGUAUAACCAGGCUCGAUAAAAUCCGCAACGAGUACGUACGAGGAAGCCUGGCUGUUCGCGACAUUGCUGAAAAAAUGCAGGAAAGUAGGCUGCGAUGGUAUGGACACGUGAAGAGAAAGCCGCCUGAUUACGUCGGAAACCUGGCACUGCAACUUUCUAUUCCUGGUCGAAGGGGCAGAGGCAGACCAAGGAAGGGAUGGGAAGAUGUUGUUAUUAGGGACAUGAUAGAGUGUGAGGUCUCUGAAGACGAUGUCCGGGACAGGAUAAAGUGGCGGACAAAAAUAGGGAAAGCUGACCCCACCACCAUGUGGGAUAUAUAGCCAGGAAGAG